AUGACGGCACUGUUGGUAGAGUUCAGUUUCCUUGCAGCACUGUUUGGUGUUUCAUCGGGAGCUUACUGUGAUAUCCCUCCCUCGAUGCAAAUAUUUAUGGCUGCGGAAAACCGGGCACUUGCGGCGUCUUCAUACCGUAAGCAAAGCGUAAGUUCUCGUAUCCACUGUAUUCGUAACUGCCAUGCUGAUUAUCCUAACUGUAAAUCGGUAAAUUAUGAUGAAAUUCAUCACCUUUGUGAGCUGAAUAAUGCCACCAUUGCCCAGUUCCCUGAUAACUUGAUUACACACUUUGGUAGUGUGUACUACGAUGGCAAUAUGGACACACCUCUCCUGUCCCAUGCACACCCCGAUACAACCGUCUCCCCUAUGCCUCAUUACAGCAGUUGCCAGGAGCUUCUUGAGGCGGGUCAGAAAGUGAGUGGUGUCUUUACAAUAUUUCCUGCCCGGUUUGUUGAUGGUUUGCAAGUGUACUGCGACAUGGAGACUGAUGGCGGAGGCUGGAUCGUCAUUCAGAGGCGUCAAGACGGCAGUGUUGACUUUUAUCGCGACUGGGCCGACUAUCGUGACGGGUUUGGUAAUCUUAGUGGUGAACUCUGGCUCGGCAAUGAUAUCUUACGCAACCUGACUGAAUAUGACGAAGUAACAUGGCAGAUUCGUCUUGAUAUGACCGACUGGAACUUUAAAGACGCUUGGUUCGAGUAUGGUGAGUUCCGUGUUACAGGGGAUCAGUAUCAGCUCAAUCCAAGUGGAGACGGACGGAAGAAGGCCGGUAAGGCUAAGGGAGCACCACCAGAUGGCAACAAGAAAAGACGUAGAAAUAUAAAGGACCUACAUCUACAAAGUGAUAAAGCAAGUGCAUCACGAAUCAAGGCUAUCACAAUGUUCAUCACCUUCAAAUAG